GAGGGACAGGUAUUCCUAUUGGCCGCUAAAAUACCUCACUCUCCGCAGCGAUUCACAAAUACUAUCGGCCUUGUCAUCGAAAGGGAAAGACUACGAGAGGAAUGGGAUGCUCUGCGAUACCUGGUUGAGGGCACGACUGAUAUCCUAUACGAGCGGUGGUUCUAUUGCCAAGACUUGGGCUCACAAUUAGUGCCAAUCAUUCAAGAAUUUCAAUCGACAGAGGAAUAUAAAACUGGAAAACCAUCCGAAAAUUCAAUUCUAAGACCCGCUCCAUAUUCUGAUGAUAAAACACAAGAACUUAUGACACCUUUUAGUUUAAAUGAAUGGUUGGAAACGAAUGCAAAAGAGAUCGAUAAACUUGGAUCGAAACCCUUGUUUAGUAAUAAACUAAAGUCUGAAGUGACUGUUUUCGGUGGAAACACAAGCCAUCAAAUAAGUUCACACUUUGAAACAUUUCUCUUACAAGUGGCUACAAAUAGAGGGCAACAGCAGUAUCGUAUA